AUGACACAACGACUGACACAUCGGAAACAGUUUCGCAACAAUCAACAACAGAAAUUCAAAAAGCUACUACCACUACCUCAACUGAGAGUUCCACGGAAUCCUCAACCACCACUACCUCAACUGGCAGUUCCACCGAAUCCUCAACCACUACCUCAACGGAGAGUUCCACAGAAUCCUCAACCAUCACUACCUCAACUGGCAGUUCCACAGAAUCCUCAACCACCACUACCUCAACUGGCAGUUCCACCGAAUCCUCAACCACUACCUCAACUGGCAGUUCCACAGAAUCCUCAACCACCACUACCUCAACUGGCAGUUCCACAGAAUCCUCAACCACUACCUCAACGGAGAGUUCCACAGAAUCCUCAACCACCACUACCUCAACGGAGAGUUCCACAGAAUCCUCAACCAUCACUACCUCAACUGGCAGUUCCACCGAAUCCUCAACCACCACCACCACGUCAACCGGCAGUUCCACCGAAUCCUCAACCACCACUACCUCAACGGAGAGUUCCACCGAAUCCUCAACGACCACUACCUCAACUGGCAGUUCCACCGAAUCCUCAACCACCACUACCUCAACGGAGAGUUCCACCGAAUCCUCAACGACCACUACCUCAACUGGCAGUUCCACAGAAUCCUCAACCACUACUACCUCAACCGAGAGUUCCACUCAAUCUUCGACCACGACUACGACUUCUACCACCACCAUUAAUAUAUUGCUUUUCACCCAUCAUCACACUGAUUCCAAGUACUUCUUCACUCUCGUUGCCAUUACAGUAUCGGCGAAGUCAAGACUUUUCCAUUAGUUCAUCUCUACAACUGAAUUGUAGUCUGUCACUUUCAACGACUAUAAAAUGGAUCAUCACCAACUGCACUUCAACCUGCUCUUCUUCUCCCAUUCAACUGCCACAAACACUUAUCACGACUUCAAGUGAACUAUUUAUUCCUGGCAAAACACUCGUUUAUGGAACUUAUCAGUUCACACUCAGUGUUACUAUGGCUGCUUCUUCUCAUCUCUCAUCAUCGGCGUCUGCAUACGUCAAAAUUGUUCCGUCCAGCAUCACACCAAACCUCAUUCAAUUCGGCACUUCAAUGAUCACACGAGGAUACCAACAACAGCUCACUCUUGAUCCUGGAUUGUUUUCAGCCGAUCCGGAUGCGCUGACGUUCAAUGCUACCAAUUGGAAAUACAAAUAUUUUUGUCGAAUCUACAAUAAAUACAACUUUCCAAACAUUGGUGGAAAUCUUCUCACUAUCGACGAUCCACAAGUCGAUACUGUCAAUCCAUCAUGCGUAUCGCAACGAUCAGGUAGCACAUCAAAACUAAACUACACUGGGCCUACGUCUUCACGCAUGUCUGCACUAACCCUUCUCCCCAGUGCGCUCACAUCCAAUCAAACAUAUCAGUUCAUGGUUCAACUCAAAAAUCGUCUCAAUUCAUCUAGACAAGCAACAGGUUAUCUCCUUGUGCAAACUGAAGACAGCCAGCCCGAACUGAUUGCCAUUUCGUGA